AUGGCAUCGUUUGAUAAACAACAUCACUGGUCCGAAAGAGACAUUUUGAAGUUACUGGAAUGCAUGAAAAAUAAUAUCCCCUCAGACGACUCCCGAUCGUUCAAAAAGACCCAGGAAGAUCUAGACUGGGACAAAGUGGCUUUUAACCAUUUUUCGGGAAAAAUGUGCAAAGAAAAGUGGAUGCAGAUUUCUCAUAAUUUGAGGAAGUACCGCACACUCUCAGAAUUAGUUCUGGAAGCCUCUGAACUUACUAAAGAACCUCGCAAAAGUAAGACAGUGAAGAAACAUCCUGACUUCCCCAAAAGACCCCUGACUGCCUAUCUGCGCUUUUACAAGGAGCAGCGGGCCAAGUACUGUCAGAUGUAUCCUAAGUACAACAACCUACAGCUGACCAAAAUCCUGGCUGAGAAAUACAACAAGCUGCCAGAAGAGAUCAAGGAGAAAUAUAUUCAGGCCUUCCAGAAGGAGAAACAAGAAUUUAAGGAAAAACUAACUAAAUUCAGGGAAAAUCACCGUGGUGCAGAGCAAUCUAAGGAAUCUGUGGUGAUCAGGAACCACCAAACCAAAGUCUCUAAGAAAAUACAAGGAAACCGGAAAAUCGUAAAGUCCCCUCUAAAAAAGGAAACUCACAAAACAUUUCCCGCAGUGAUGAAAUUUCAGGGAGAACCCAAGAAACCCCCUAUGAAUGGGUACCACAAAUUUCACCAAGAUUCGUGGUCAAGUCUGGAGCUGAGCCAUCUACCCCUUAGGAAGCGCCAGGUUGAAAUUAGCAGACUAUGGCAGCGAGUCCCAGAGAGCCAGAAAGAGCGUUAUGCCCGUCAGGCUGAAGAGCUACAGAAACAAUACUGGGUGAAGAUGGACCUCUGGCUCAAGGGAUUGUCACCAGAGGAGUAUGAUGCAUACAAAGAGGCAAGGGCCACCUGUGGUAAGCGAAAGUACUUUGCCAAGUCUGGAGGUCCAAGCCCCAAAUGUCAACCAACGCAUCAGGAGUCCAACUCAGCAAAGGAGCUGCAAGUCAGGCCUGUAAAAAUGCAAGGACUGCUGGCUCCUAGAGCAGAUUCCCCAAAGACUAUUCAGGGCCACGAUGGUGGCUCCCAGGCAUCUGGGCAGAAUAUGAAUACGAUGGAAGAUGGCAAAGAGGAGGACUCCAGCAGCUCCUCAGAUUCUAGCAGUACAGACGAAGGUGGAGAUGACUGACUGACUGGCAUGGCCUUUAGCGGAAUGCUCAGAAUUAGACUCCAUCUUAGUCACUUUCGUAUCCUAAGUUAUCGUUUAAAACCCAGAGCAUGCCUGACAGACAGAAGGGGACCUGUCUUCUCUGUGCUGAUGUAUUCCCUUGUUUUCUCCUCCUGAACCCCUCCUUUGCUUACUAAAUACAAAGGAGUACAGUCUGGGGAGAAGGGAAUUUGCCAUAGUAUUGCCUUCAUCAGGUCCAUAGGCUUAGUAAGACCCACUUGAGACAGCACCUAGAAGCUAUUUACAUUUAUUCGAAUAAACUAUA